AUACGACAAAUAAAGGUCAAUUUAAUAAGGUUGUCGCCUUUACAAAAAGUCUGAUGAAAACCUCCUGUUCCCAUUACGACUUUCGUGACACAACCAGUACAAUAUGAAGCUCCUCCUCGUCUGUCUGCUGCUCCCAGCUGUCCUUGCCGCUCCUUCAGAUGAAAGAAGGUUCAUAGUGGGCUCAUUUCAAGUUGAAAAGCUCUUUGAUGUUGAAUCCUUGAAAUGUGAUGUUCAAAUCAUGCUUGACGCCGUUGGUGACGAUCCAACAGAAGUAGCAUGCGAAGGUGAAUGUCAUAAUCUAUUAGCAGAAGGCAAUGUUAUGAACUUCGGAUGUCCACUAGUGUGCCAUGCAUUUCAGAACCUUGCCCACUAUUUUCACGAGACACCUAAACCCGGACAGCAACACGCACACUGUGGGGGACUUUUACUUUCAACUACCAAGGCUGCAUAAAUCAAACGAUACAAAUCAAUGAUAUAAAUUCUAAAAUAAUAAAUAAAUAAAUUCAAGAGAUCAAA